AUGCUGCUGCGGCCGCUGCGGGACUGGGCCUCCCGGGCGUUACGCAGCGCGGGGCUGGGAAACCCCGGGAGCCCCGCCAGGGGACCCAGGCCGCGGGGCGCGCAGCGCCGAGCUGGACUUGCGGAGAGAGAAAGUGAAAAAGAGAAAAAAUCAGUGAUCUGUGUCGAGGGCAAUAUUGCAAGUGGGAAGACCACAUGCCUGGAGUUCUUCUCUAGCACAACAGACUUAGAGGUGUUUGCAGAGCCUGUGUCCAAGUGGAGAAAUGUCCGUGGCCAUAAUCCUUUGGGUCUGAUGUACCAGGACCCCUGCCGAUGGGGCCUCACGCUGCAGACGUACGUGCAGCUCACCAUGCUGGACCAGCACACCUGUCCUCAGAUGUCACCUGUACGGUUGAUGGAGAGGUCGAUUCACAGCGCAAGAUACAUUUUUGUAGAAAACCUGUAUAGAAGCGGGAAGAUGCCUGAAGUGGACUAUGUGGUUUUGUCGGAAUGGUUUGACUGGAUCGUGAAGAACAUUAAUGUGUCUGUUGAUUUGAUCGUUUAUCUCCGGACCACUCCAGAGACCUGUUACCAGAGACUAAAGAUGAGAUGCAGGGAAGAGGAGAAGGUUAUCCCAUUGGAAUACCUGGAUGCUAUCCACCACCUCUAUGAGGAGUGGCUCCUCAAAAGAAGCCCCUUCCCCGUGGCGGCCCCUGUUCUGGUGAUUGAGGCUGACCACGACAGGCAGAAAAUGUUAGAAAUCUUUGAACAAAACCGGGACCGAAUCUUAACGCCAGAGAAUCAGAAGCAUGGUCCGUAG